CUGCAGACGGAGCUGCUGCCGCCUGCUUUAGCCAUUGCUCACGCUCUUCUCGCUGCCGAGGAAAACUACAGCCUGCCAAGAUGUGCAAAGGAUUAGCGGCGCUGCCCCACACGUGCCUGGAGAGGGCCAAGGAGAUCAAGACCAAGCUGGGCACACUGCUCCAGAAGCCCGACUCGGCCAUUGACUUCAUCAUCCCCUACCCGGAGAAGCCGGAGAAGCCGCCCAAGGCCCAGAAGCCAUCACCAGAGGAGGCUCUGCAGUGGCGCGAUUCCCUCGAGAAGCUCCUGCAAAACCCCUAUGGGCUCGCCAGCUUCCGCAGCUUCCUGCGCUCUGAGUUCAGUGAGGAGAACGUCGAGUUUUGGGUGGCCUGCGAGGACUACAAGAAAACCAAGUCCCCUGUGAAGAUGGCAGAGAAGGCCAAGAAGAUCUAUGAGGAGUUCAUCCAGACUGAGGCACCCAAAGAGGUGAACAUCGACCAUUUCACCAAGGCUUUGACCAUGAAGAACCUGGUGGAGCCAUCACCAAGCAGCUUUGACAUGGCCCAGAAGAGGAUCUUUGCCCUGAUGGAGAAAGACUCCCUCCCCAGAUUUGUGCGGUCGGAGUUUUAUCAGGAGUUAAUUAAGUAGCAAUGCGGCAGGGCUGUGCGAGGCGUUCCCCGCGGGCGGUCCCACUGCUUCUGUCUAAACACCUGCCCCUUCUCCUGCAGCCACUUUGCUUUCUUGAUACCACCCUAAAAAAACACCCAGGGGGGUUGCUAAACAUCUCCCCCCACGCUUUGGACUGUCAGAUGGCUUGAUGUCUCCUCUCUUACAGUCUCUUUCUUCUCCCACAAAAGACCAAUUAGCAGAAACCCCUGGUGAUCCUCCCUGGGUUUGAGACCUCGAAGGGCGGUGGAGCAGCCCCAGCCCCGCAGCGACCGGGAGCCGCUUGGGCAGCCGGUGCAUCCCCGGCGCUGUGGGGCUCGGCUUUAGUCAGGCUCGGAGGCGCCGGCUCUGCCUCCUUAGGACUUCUUAGGACACGACAAGUUUUCUCCCAGUUUUGCCCGUACCGCUGGUUUGCGCCAGGCUCUCUCCCUCCUCCCAGCUCCCGGGGCGUUGCUGAGGCUGCGCAGGGUACCCUGCGGGCGCUCCCCUCCCGGCCAAGUCCAGCGUGCCUGCAGCCCCAGGGUGCAGGGUGGGACGUGCCCGCCGCGGGAUCGGCAUCACCUCGUCCUCAGACAGCAGCGUUCAGCGGGCACAGCCACGGCUGUACGGCGCGGUUGGCUGUAUGGCGGGGUUGGCUGUACGGCAGGGACGGCGGUACAGCAGAGAUGGUGGUACGGCAGAUCCGGGAGCGGCACAACCGUGCGCCGCAGGGUGCACCUGGCUGGCACGAGGGGUGGACAGAGCGAGCCUGCAGCAUCGCUUUCCCAGUGACUCCCCUUGGAGUCAGCUGAGAGACAGCCUGUUUGCUUCACGCUAAAGCCAGUAAAGAGGAUAAAACAAGAUCUGUUUGUUCAAAACACCGGGACUGUUUAGCAACCCAGACCUCCCGCUCGCUCCAACCGCUUGCAUGACGUACUGAGCUCACAGCCUGCAGCCUGUGCCCGCGUGCCCAGCGCCUACGCGCAGCCCUGAGCAGUGGUGUGCUUGGAUUGCAGCUUCGGGGGUGUUUCGCUGCAGGCCUUUCUUGCUCUGGUUGCUUCUCUCUGCAGUAGGCACGCCAAAGCGAUACUUCUGCACAAACCCAAUCAAGGGGCAUCGAUUAGAGGAGAGAGGAAAAUCAUGCUGGGGGGGUGGAAAAAAGCUGCAACUGCAACUGUUCAGAUCCAAUUAGAAAAGACAAAACAAACGCAAAAAACCAAACCCAAACCCAUCCUUGGAAAUACGAAAAAUAAACCCCUGGCUUCUUGAACAGAUGGCAAACUUUGCUGAGUUUGUGUAGCCCGCAUCUCUCUCUCCUGUCUCCUUCCCUCUGCCUGGGACAUGUGUUUCCAUAAGGCUGCCUCUUCAAAAGACCAGCUCGUUUCAAAUGAUUCAAUGCCAGCCCACCGUUCGCUACCAGAAGAAAUCACGUCUGAGGAUGGAUGGGGCAAGGGUAUACGUGACAGGCAGCUAGGGUCUCAUUUCAGCCUCGAGGCGAAUGCGGUGAACCCCCGUUCCGUGGGGCCUGGAUGUUUCGUCGCUGUGACGGUUUCCUGGUGCAGCGUCCGCAGGGCCGUGGCUUGCAACGAGCACGCUGCGGGGAUCGGUCUGCCCAGCCGGCAACGCGACAGAUGCGGGCGAAAUAGCGAGCGACCGCGCUCCCAGCAGGCAUCUCGGACCAGCCACCCCCCUCAGGCUGCUCAACCUCAACGGCAAGUCAUGAGACUCCAUGCGAAGUGCAGUAAUGUAAACAACGGGUUUGCCAGCCUCUUCGAGACUUUCAAAAUCUGAUCAAAACCCCACCAGCCCAAAAUAUUUACAUGUUGUCACUAUGGUGACGAAGAAAAAUACAUCCCGAGCCGCAGGAAGUGGGUUGUGUUCUCCGGGCAGGGAUGGGGAGGCAGAGGAAGGAUGGAGGCCGUCACAAACGUGACCUUUUUUUUUGACUCCGGAGCAAAUGGCCUGGGAAAGUCAGUGCUGGAGCGGCAGGGGGUGAUGCUCACGGGGCAUUCCCCUGGGGCGAGCGUGGGGGGCGGCUUGGGCGGCCCCAAAGAGCGGCAAGGGAGCCCACGAGCAGCAGGAGGGUCCCCCCGAAAGAGCGCAGGAUCCCCUGGCAGCGCCUGCUGCCCAGAGCCGGUGGGCAGCAAGGGGGAGGCAGGAGCAGGGCUGGGCGCGGGAGGAGAGGCUCGGCCAGCCCGUCUGCUGCAGGGUGCUCCCACCACCUCUGCCCCUGCACGCUCCCUGCACCCUCCUGAUGUCUCCAGGAACCGGUGUCAAGAUAACCGCGUUCAGCAUGUUCGAGCUCCCUGUUCACGGGGUCGACUCACAGAAAUGCAAAACCAAACAGGCUUCCCUGCAGAGAGACCCAGCUCUCUCAUUUCUACUCAAUCCUUUGGCAGCUAUUUCCAGAUACCCUCACACGUUCCACAGUUAAAUGCCAACGCCGGGAUGCUGCUGGAGGCCGGCUCGCUACGCGCCACCGCAGCCUGAGACGUCACUAGCUGCAACAGCAACGUGUAGGGCAGGGCGAAGGUGUCUGGGUACGUACGUGCCUAAAAGAAGGGCGGAGACUGGAUUCAGGAGAGGUGAAACAGCGCUAUUGGAAAUCCCUCCCCAGCUUGAUUUCUGCUGAGAUUUUGGAAGCCAGCUUUAGGGGGUGAUUGAACAGGUGCCAGCGAGCUACUGGGUGGCCGUGAAAUGUGGGCCCUGAAGCAUUCUGGAGCUCUUGGGAAGUCGUGUUUGUGUAGAAGGGUUGUUUGGCUAAUUACUCAGGCAGGCCAUCCCCAGACAGGCAGCGCUGCCUGUACCCACCCCACGGCCCAGCUUACCGCACGCCCAGAGGUAUUGACUGCCGGGCUGAUACCAGCCCUCAUAUUUCUGUAGGAAAUACUUCAUAUAUUUUAUCGCUCUUGCUGUCAUGAAAUUUGGCACAUGUAUGAGCACUAUACACACAACAUGGUACAUCUGUAUCCCUAUAUUCAUAUAUAAGUAUACCCACACACAUAUAUACACACUCCUAAUGUGGGCAUCCGAAUCCCCAGUGAGUCAGAAAGCCAAAAAGCAGAGGGUUUGGGUAUUGUGCUUGGGGUCCAUCGCAGAGAUGAGUGUGCGUGGGUUUAGUGCGGUCCCAGACCCUGUUGAGGGAAACCUUGGCCACCCACCCGAGUGAAAGCAAAGGUGCAUCUUCCAGAACAUCCUCUGAUCCACCUGUGCCCACGGCCGCUGGGUGCCCCCAGCCCCACCGUGCCCUGGUGCCCAAGCCGGUGCAGGCGGCAGGUCCUGUGCUCUCCGAGGGACCCCCAUCCCCUGCCGUGGGGCAAGGCACCCCCACGCUGCAGCCAGGGUCCCCGGGCGCCAGGCCUGUGCCUCCCCGGUGCCUGUUCCCUGCUGCGGGGACGUGCGGAGGAGGGCUCCCUGCCACCGCAUCCUCGGAUUAACACCGGGGGAUCGUUUGCUCUCUGCUUUCUGGUUAAUUCAGCGGCCGGACUCUCACACCUCACCAGCCAUGGUGUGAAACACCCAGCUCUCCCCCGGCAUGCCGAGGCAGGGCUCUGCCGGCGCUGGGCUGCCCGGUCCCAGCCCUGGGGACUGCUAAAGCCUGUGAGGCAGUGGCAGGAGCUGCCCACUGCCAAUGGGGGGCUGAGGGUGUCCCGGGGCUCCCCCCAGCCCUUGGUAACUGGGGGUGCGCCCGAGCUCCCCAGCUGGAGGGUGCCAAGUGCUGAAGUGAGGUGAGAAGGGGGAUCGGUUCCUCACACCCACGAGCAGCUGGUUCUCGGUCUGAUGUUCUCCAUGUGAUUCCCUCUAGAGAUCUCCUUCCCACAGGGAAGAAGCAGGGCACUGAUGCGCACUGAGGAACCGGUUGUGUUAACCCAUACUCUUGUACCACUCCAUAAUCCACACAUAAACAUGUAUUUCUGCUACU